CCUCCCCUUCGCCCCAGCUCUCUCGCCCUCCGCCGCCGCUCGCUCGCGGACGCGCUUCUCUGAGAUCGCGCGCCGCGGUCCAUCUCCUUCUCCGAGCAGCCGCAGCAGUGCGCCGGGAUCCUCGUCGGUCGCGCCUGGCUAGCAACCUGGGGCUUCCUGGAACUUACCUACAAACUCGAAGAUGUUCUCUGCUCCAGGUAACAAUUCUUUGGCUCUUGCAGCCCCACGACCAGGAAUGGAGCUGGCUAACGUUCAACAGCAUCCAAAUCAGGCUCUUGGGCCUGGUGGAAAGCAACGUACAUCUAGUCUGGAGGCACCGAUAAUGCUACUUUCAGGUCACCAGAGUGCUAUCUACUGCAUGAAGUUCAACCCUGCUGGAACUGUGAUAGCAUCAGGUUCCCAUGACAAGGAUAUCUUCUUGUGGUAUGUCCAUGGUGAAUGUAAGAACUUCAUGGUACUGAGAGGGCAUAAGAAUGCUAUUCUUGACCUUCAGUGGACUGCUGAUGGGACCCAGAUCAUCUCCGCAAGUCCCGACAAGACUGUGAGAGUGUGGGACGUUGAGACCGGCAAACAAGUUAAGAAGAUGGCUGAGCACUCAUCGUUUGUCAACUCAUGUUGCCCAGCACGCAAGUGGCCGCCUCUUGUUGUGAGUGGUUCAGAUGACGGUACAGCAAAGUUAUGGGACUUGCGUCAGAGAGGUGCAAUACAAACUCUUCCCGACAAAUACCAAAUUACAGCCGUGAGCUUCUCAGAGGCAGCAGAUAAGGUAUUCACCAGUGGCCUGGACAACGAUGUCAAGUGGUGGGAUCUUCGCAAGAAUGAAGUGACAGAGUAUCUCAAAGGACAUCAGGACAUGGUAACUGGAAUGCAGCUUAGUCCUGAUGGGUCUUACCUCCUGACUAAUGCAAUGGACAAUGAGCUCAAAAUCUGGGAUUUGCGCCCUUAUGCACCAGAGAACCGGAACAUCAAGACUCUUACAGGCCAUCAGCAUAACUUUGAGAAGAACUUGUUGAAGUGUAGCUGGUCACCGGAUAAUCGCAGGGUCACUGCUGGGAGUGCUGACCGCAUGGUCUACAUCUGGGAUACAACAUCAAGGCGGAUCUUGUACAAGCUUCCUGGGCACAACGGUUCUGUCAAUGAGACCGCUUUCCAUCCCACUGAACCGAUCAUUGGAUCUUGCGGCAGCGACAAGCAGAUUUAUCUUGGGGAACUUUAGAUGACUAUCACAUUGAGCUAUAAGUUCUUGUGAUACUUCGUUUUGAAGGAAAAACGAAACUGUUGGCGUCCUGUGUUUUGCCUGGGAAUUUGAAUGCUUGAUUGGCUGACCAGGAUUUGCCCUUUGUAGAUUGUGUUUAGCCUAUUAGGGCCAGUUGGUCUACCGUUUACAAACUGCUCCAUAUUUUGUACCUGCUGGCUUUCCAACGUUAAACUUGUUACCCUGCUUGAGGAUCACUGAUUGCAUGUACUGUAUCUAGAACUCUAAAUCUGCUUUCACUCUGCUAAAUUAUGCUACUGUCUUGGCUGGUCUUC